AUGGCGCCGAAAGCUUCUGGUGGAGCGGGCAAGAGGUCUGCUCAGAAUUACGUGGCCAGUCUGUGGGCGCAAGGUCUCGACGAGGAAGCCGUCCGGCGGCGCCUCCAGGAGGAUGGCUACAAGAGUGCCCGCGUCUCGCAACUCUUGAAGGCCACACGCCCAGCCCAGCCAGCUGCCGAUCACGCGUCGAACGAGGUUUCCGACCACUCGGGUCAGGAAGCAGCCCAACCAGCCGCAGUGGCCAUGGAUGUGGACUCUGAGUCAGAUGCGGAGGAAGGUGACGACGAAGAACUUGGGGUCGUGAGUGUGGCCACCUACCUGGCAGAGGUCAAUGCUAGCAACCAGCAGGAGCGGGCGGAGUUGGACGCUGGAGAUGUCCAUCGACUGGAAGUCUUGGAGGAGGGCACGGAGUCAAACUCAAACGACGGGGGAGGCACCCUUGCAGAGGAAGCGGCAGACGAGCUCGCGCCGGCGCUGAUCGAGAUCAGCAGCAGUGACGACAGCGGCGCGCAGCCGCCCCCAACCAACGAUCCCGUCAUGAAACGGGCCGCAGCACAGAAGAAGCCGGCCAGCCGCGGCCCCUGGCCGAACGAGCGCUGCGCUGGGUACGAUGGCGCGCCGUGCCGCUUCAACCCACAGGCACCAGGACAGCCGGCCCGAGUGCACCCAGAUCGCGGGGACACAGCGUGCCCCUUCUGCGACAAAGCCAAGAUGCAGGCAGCCGGGCCAGUCACUCGGUGCAACCGUUUGACCACAGCCCUCAAGUGCUUCCUGACAAGGGACGAGUCCAUCUAUGAAGCUGCGUUGGCGAGGGUCCAGCUCUUUGUUGGGGAGGAACAGGCGCAGCAAUUUGCCACGCGGGUCCGGGCCGCCCAGCAACGAGGCGCGCGUCGCGCAGCAGGCCCAGCGCCGCCGGCUGCAACUUGGGAGCACUGCCUGAGCAAUCGCCAAUCCAUCGAGAAGAAGCUCUCAGAUAGAUGUCGGCAGGAAUACGACGCGGCCGUGCAGCGCGACCAGCGCGUGGGCGAGAUUGGGCACGUGGCCCCGAACGACACCGACCUUCCGAUGCCCUCCGACCCCACCGCACGCAAGGUGGAGGAGUGGUGCAAGAGCGGAUCCUGGCAGCAUGCCACCGUUCCGGCCAGCCAGUGCACGGCGUGCAAACACGACGAGUACGUCCCGCAGCCCGAGCACGUGCCCGCACCACUGCGCAAGCUGAAGCCCAAAGUCCUAGUUGCCCUGCGGCCUCUUGACGUGGAUACCGGGGUAGCGGAGCGGGCACAGUACGGCUACCGGGUCCACACCUGCAUGAUCACCUUCGCGUGGUCGCAGGAGAGCGUGCAGCGAAAGAUCGCGAAGCUACGCAAGCGCAGGGAUCGGCAGGCGGCGCGGGCAGCCCUCGACUUCCUGCUGACUUCCCAGGACAGCGCCUACGGGCAGUUCCUGGAGCGACAUGAAGCCUUCCUGGCCAAGCACGGCGACGAUGCUCCUGAGAAGGUGCGAAAGCGACCGCUGCGCUUCAUCGAGGAGGAGGGCUUGGAGUGCUGUCUGUGGCCCCACCUCUACUGGCGCCGGAACCUGUGCGAGACCGUGGCGCGCGCGUCCCACGAAGCUCGGCGUGAGCGUGGGCAGUCAUCGAAGCCAGCAGGGGCCCCAAUGCGCCGCGUGGCCGACAGCACUUCCGAGGACGAAGACGAGCAGGGAAGGGCAGCGGCUUCAGCAGGAACCGACGGUGCGGAAACGCAAGCAGCAGAUGACGAGGAGCAAGAAGACGCUCAGGGAGGCGAGGAGGCGGAAGACUUAGACGAGGACCCGGGCGUGCAGAUCAGCGAGACCAAGCUCGGGCGCAUCAAGCGAGGCUUCAUCCGCAAGGUCCUGUCGCCGGUGAUGGGCUACGGUGCUGAUUACGAGCUCCUGCACUUCGUGUACGACCUGAGCAUGUGGACCACCAUCGGCGCCAAGAAGAACGUCGCUUCCCGCAGCGGCGUCUCACUCCGAAUCGUGCUGAAGGGGGCGCCUUGGACCCCGCAAUACUGGCGCGUCAGGCACCAGGCCGUCAUCGACAUGCAGCGGCAAUGCGGCAAUGCCACGCUCUUCCGCACCCACGCGCCAUACGAGCGCACCUUCCCGUACCACCGGUGGGUGAUGCACGAGCAAGACGCUUUGGGCAGAGCACGCAUGGGGCUGGCCGGCGCCGAAACCCUGCAUAUGGCACACGUCCUGCUGCAGCUUGACAACGGCUACUUCCGCGGCAGCAUGGCGCGCACUGGGCGAGCGGACCGCACCUGGCAGGGCCACCUCCUCGGCCCGGAAGACGUCGCCAGCGGUUGCAGCACGGUGAAAGCCCACGUCACGCGCCUCGAGUUUCAAGACGGGAAGCGUAAGCGAGCCACCCAGAAGUACCACGGCCGGGGCACGACGCACAGCCACUCCUUGGACUUCUUGGAGAAUGUGAGGGCUAUAGGGCUGGAACGUAAGUUGUCCGCGAGCAUCCCGCCGGCAGACACGCAGCCGUUCCUGCACGGGCUCGUCCGGGACUCGCAGCAGGAUUACAAAGACUCGAAGUUGCCGGUGAGGGAGGAGGAGUCGGCCUGGGACGAGGAAGAGCAGAAGCUCCUGCUACACCAUUCGGAGGAGGACAAAGCCGCGCACGUCCGCGCGUACUUUCCGAGCGCCAUGGAGAUCACGAAGUGCCACGAGGAUGUCCAGUGGGGCGACGGCAACGGCGCCGUGUUGCGCUAUGUGGCCACGUACAACACGAAGUUCAGCAGCUCCAUGAACAACGACUGGCUGAACGACGAUGCCUCGGACUACAGCGUGGCACGGCGCGUGCUGUGCGGCCACAAGCCUCUGGAGCCCGAGAUGUGGCUCACCCUGGCCCAGGAGCGGUUUCCACAGGUGGCUUUCAGCGGCACGCUGGUGGACGUCAUGCCCCCGACACCCGAAUGCGCGGAGAAGCCAGCGUGGGUCGAAACCUACGAGGAGGCCGAGUGGAGGAGGAAGGACAUGCCGCUGAUAGAGUUCUUGCGCAAGAGCAACGCCGACGGCCACGUCAUCCACUACAUCCAAGAAGCGCACAAGCGGCGCGUCAUGGAGCAAGUCCAGGCCAAGAUGGGGGAGGACGACAGGACCUUCGCGCGGCGCCGAAAGCAGCUUUUGUCGGCAUUCCACAACCACAAGAAGGAGUGCAAGCGCCGGGGAGACCAGCCUUCCGGUCUCGCAGAAUUCCUCGAGGACGAGGCAGGCGUCGACGGCCUGACACCUCUGGAGUCGUUCGCGAACGAUUACGAGACGCGCGGCGAGAAGCUGGUGGCUGCCACCAUGCACUCUAUGCUCAAUGACAAGUACUACGGCCAGUGGCUGGCGCUCCACGUGCCCUUCCGGCGCCUCGAGCAGUUCGUCGAAGACGCUGCGGAGGUUAUGGAGCACGUGCCCCAGAAGUACCGGAACUUCGCCCUCUGCCUGCACCACGCACCCGACUUCUGGGAGAGCGAGGGAGCCAUCCGCUCUGCCAUGGAGCUUGAAGCGCACAGCCAAGCCCACAUCGACACGAUCCUCUGCAAGGUUCGCGCGCAGCGGCACCUGCUGCAGCGAUACCUCAAGGGUGAGAUCGACGUCACGGAGGUGGUGAGCGCGGAAGAAGCGGAGGAAGGCGCUGGACGGGAUGGCAGUAAGCCACCGGCGAAGCUGACGGCGUCCCAGAAGCGCCUUGCCCGAGCCAUGGAAACCCAGAUGCAGGUCGCCAUGGAAGCCAGCCAGGCCGACGACGACGAGGCGCUGGAAGACUGCGUCGCCCGUGCCGCCGCGCACAAGAUCAUCUUUGCAAGCGGACCGCCCGGCACGGGGAAGACGUUCGUGAUCCACGAGCAGAUCCGGAAAUGGAAGCAGAAGGGCGCCAGAAUCCUGUUCGCACUCCCUACAGGGCAGCUGGCCUCGGAGAUCCGCUCCAUGCAUCCAGACAUAGAUGUGGACACCAACCACGGGGCGUUUCUCCUGCACAAGCCGCCGCAGGAAGCUAUGGCCAUCCUAACGCAAUACGACCUGGCAGUGAUCGACGAGGUCUCGAUGCUCACGGAAGAGCACUUCGAGCGCGUGCUCGCCAUGUGGAAGUUCGCCGAUCAGCUCCCCUGCUGGGUCCUCGCGGGCGACUUCUGGCAGCUGCCGGUGGUGGACCAGACGGCGGAGCGGUGCGAGCUGAGCCGCGCAUGGCCCGGCCAUGUCCGCACCAUCGAAUUCCAUGAGCAGAUCCGCUGCAAGUGCCCAACGCUGCAGAAGAAGCUGAACAUCCUCCGAACCUCAGUUCCCAGCAUGAGGCAGCUGAAGAAGAUGCUCCGUGGGCACCGCGCCUGGAAGACGAACCAGCCAAGUGGGUGGGAUAUCCAGCAGCUGUUCAGGGAACACGAGGAUACCACGGUCGUCACCUGCACGCGCCGCGGCGCAGCCGCAGUCAACGAUCUCGCCUCCCAGGUCUUCUUUGAGAACCGGCACAAGGCGCCGCUGGGCAGGUUGCCUCUGGACUUCGAGGCAAAUCAGGACAACUACACCGCCAAGGGGUCGUUGAAGAAAGGGCCGCUGUCGCCUGCUGACACCGUCAUCUACGCGGGCAUGCGCGUCUUCCUUACGAAGAAUAUGUCCAAGGAGGACGACUUCGUGAAUGGCAUGGCGGCCACCGUCGUGGAUUUCGACGCGCGCAGUCGGUGCCUGGAGGUGUUGACCCGCACCAACCAGCGACUCGCGGUCCACAUGAUCUCCCACGAGCUCGACGACGGGCGCCGCGUCAGCUGCUUUCCUGUGCGCUUGGGUUAUGCCUGCACAGUGCCCAAGGUUCAGGGCAUGACUCUGCCCCACAUCACCUUCUGGGUCGAUGCCGCUGGCUGCCGCGCUGCCGCCUAUGUGGCGCUGUCCCGUGUGGAGAGGGAUUCAGAGUACCUCAUCGCCGGCAAGGUGAGCCCUGCGCACUUCGUCCCAGCACACUGA